AGCGGCUGGGGCGGGAGGUGGGGGGAGGGGCAAGAGGGAAGGUGAGGGGGAGGACCCCCCACUUCUGAGGGGAGACCCCAGUUCUUGAGGAAAUAUCCCCCCAUUUUAGGAGACUUUGUUCUAUUCUGAGACUAUACCCUUUCCCAUUUCAGAGGAGUUUCCCCCAAAUUUGAAGGGAGACCCCCCCUUUCCUAAGAAGAGUCACUCCCCCGAUUCUGAGCAACCCCCCCAAUUCUGAGGGAAGACUACAGUUCUCAGAAGAGAUACCCCUAGUUCUGAGGUGGAGACAUUUUCUGAGGAAAUUCCACCCCAAGAUGACAGGGAGACCUCCCAUUUCCUGACGAAAGCCCCCCAAAUUCUGAGUAGAUAACUGCAUAAUUCUAAAAGAAAAACCUCAUCUACGUCGAUCCCCACAUUUUUCUUUCCUGAGGAGCCCCCCCAAUUCUAAGGAUGGAUCUGCUAGUAUGAGGGAGAGCAGGGUCUCCCCAAUUCUGAGCCACACACUCCCAAGAAAGAUCAUUCAGUUCUGAAGGAAAACUUGCCCUGAGAAGAAUUGAUCAGGAAACCCCCCAUUUUGGAGAGAGUGCCUUCAAAUCCCCCCCAGUCCCCUCUGCCCUCCUUUGUGGGGCAGAGUCCCCCAAUACUGAGGUGAAGACACCCCUUCUGCAUUAAGGCCCCACUCUGGAAGGGUAGACCACCAUUGCUGAAGGGAAAGUCCUUUAUUCUGAAAAGCUUAUCUACCAAUUUGGGGAGACUCGUUAAGAAGAGGUAUCCCCCACUUGUGUGGGGGAAGACCCUAUUCUGAAGAGAUAGCCUCAAUUCUGUGCUUUGGCCAGCCGUGUCCGAGCGAAGGGAAGCCCAGCGCCGCCCGCGCCGAGAGAAGGGCCGACAUGUACGUGCCCGAGAGCCUGCACGACCUGGCCGACAGCGAGGUGGUCCAGUUUGUGAAGAAGCCCAAGACUAUAUCGCGGAUCUUUGCUGGGGUCUUCUCGCUCAUCGUGUUUGCCACGCUGCUGACGGAUGGCUACCAGAACCUGGCCACCUCCCCGCAGCUGCGCUGCGUCCUCAAUGACAACGCCGUGGCCUGCAGCUUUGCGGUGGUGGCGGGCCUCCUGGCCUUCCUGGGCUGCCUCCUCUUCCUCACCCUGGACACCCUGGUGGCCCGCAUCAGCAGCACCCGCCUGAAGACCACGGUCCUGCUGCUGGAUUUCUCCAUCUCUGUCAUCUGGGUCGGAGUCUGGUUCGUGGGCUUUUGUUUCCUGGCCAACCAGUGGCAGCGCUCGCCCCCUCACCGCUACCUUCUGGGCAACAGCAGCGCCAAGGCGGCCAUCGCCUUCUCCUUCUUCUCCAUCCCCGUGUGGAUGGCCCUGGCCUACCUGGCGCUCCAGGACCUCCGCAGCGACCCGCCCGUCCCCUACAAGCGCUCCCUGGAUGAGGGGGGCGUGGCCCUGACCACCCUGUCCUCGGGCACCACCACCAUGGGCCCCAACAGCCUGGGCUACCCGGGCUCCAUGCCGCCCCCGUACCCCACCACCCCCAAAACCGCUCGCCUGGCCAUGAUGAACGACAAUUGAGGCGCCGUGCCGAUCUCCCUCAGUUAUUAAAGAGACGUGCUCUUCCUCCCACGGAGGUGUUUGAGAAAA